ACCGGUUUUGAACUGAUGGAGCUGCGCAGGCUAGAAUGACCACGGCGGAGCAUAUUUUCUCUUCUUUGCUAACCAAAUGCGACACUCUCAACUCCGUCAAGCAUUUGCACGCCUUUGUUCACAAGGCCGGCCUCGACACGGAGCCGUUACUUAUCGGAAAGCUCCUCCUUCACUGCGCCGUCACAAUCCCUCACGCCGCGCUCGACUACGCCCGCGGCGUCCUCCUUCAUUUCCCCAACCCGGAUGCCUUCAUGUACAACACCCUCAUCCGCGGCCUCGCCGACUCCCGAGACCCGCGCAGUGCGCUUCUCCUGUUGCGCGAAAUGCGCCGCGGGUCGGACGCUUCGCCUGACAGCUUCACUUUCGCCUUCGCGCUCAAGGCGGCGGCGAAUUGCCGGUCGCUGCGGGGAGGGAUGCAGCUGCACUGUCAAGCUUUGGUUCGUCAAUUUCGUUCGCAUCUUUUUGUUGGGACGACUUUGGUGAGUAUGUAUGGUGAAUGCGGGCGCGUUGGUUAUGCGCGGAAGGUGUUCGAUGAAAUGCCCGAGCCGAAUGUCGUCGCGUGGAAUGCGGUGCUCACGGCGUGUUUUAGGUGUGGAGAUGUGGAGGGUGCGGAGGAAGUGUUUGGUUCGAUGCCUUUGAGGGAUUUGACGUCGUGGAAUAUCGUGCUUGCGGGGUACGUGAAGGCGGGUGAGCUUCAGCUGGCGAGGGAGGCGUUUUGGAGGAUGCCGGUGAGGGAUGAUGUGUCUUGGAGUACUAUGAUUGUAGCGUUUGCUCAGAGCGGUUGUUUUGAUGAGGCGUUUGGGUUUUUCAGGGAGCUGCAGCGGAAGGGGGUUGGGGCGAAUGAGGCAAGCUUGACUGGGGUGCUGUCUGCGUGCGCGCAGGCUGGAGCGGUUGAGUUUGGUAGAAUUUUACAUGGUUUGGUGGAGAAGGGUGGAUUCCUUUCGAUGAUUUCGGUUAAUAAUGCACUCUUGGAUAUGUACUCUAAGUCUGGAAAUGUAGAGAUGGCUCGGUUGGUCUUUGAAAGAAUGCCGGAGAGGAAGAGUGUUGUUUCUUGGACUUCAAUGAUAGCCGCACUUGCAAUGCAUGGUUAUGGUAAAGAAGCAAUACAAGUUUUCCGUAAGAUGGAAGCGUCUGGAGUCAGGCCUGAUGGUAUCACAUUCAUUUCAGUUUUGUAUGCUUGUAGUCAUGCUGGGUUGGUUAAUGAAGGAUGCGACUAUUUUUCUAAGAUGAAAGAAAAGUGUGGUAUAGAACCAACUAUAGAGCAUUACGGUUGCAUGGUAGACCUAUAUGGUCGAGCUGGUGAACUGCAGAAAGCCUAUGAUUUUGUAUGUCAGCUGCCAAUAUCACCGAAUGCAAUUAUAUGGCGAACUCUUCUCGGCGCUUGUAGCAUUCACGGCAAUGUUGAGUUGGCAGAACAUGUUAAGGAAAUGCUCUGCAAACUCGACCCUGAGAAUUCAGGCGACCAUGUUCUUUUGUCAAAUGUAUAUGCUGGUGCAGGGAAGUGGAGGGAUGUUGCUGCUGUACGAAGAUCAAUGUCUGACCGGUACAUCAAAAAAUCUCCGGGUUGGAGUGUGAUUGAAGUUGACAGGGUUAUGUAUAGUUUUGUGGCCGGUGACAUAACAAAUAAGAUAACAGAAGAAGCCUAUGAGAAGUUGAGGGAGAUAAUGUUGAAUCUUCGUUUUGCUGGAGGAUAUUUGCCGGAGGUUGGGAGUGUUUUGCAUGACAUUGAAACGGAGGACAAAGAAGAUUCAGUGUUCAUGCAUAGUGAAAAACUUGCAGUUGCUUUUGGCCUGGCAAGAUUGCCCGAGGGAAGGAUGAUAAGGAUAGUGAAGAAUUUGAGGGUUUGUAGAGACUGUCAUACAGUGAUGAAGCUGAUCUCCAAGCUCUAUAGAUCGGAGAUAGUGGUGAGAGAUAGAAGCCGCUUCCAUUCCUUCAAAGAUGGCUCUUGUUCAUGCAACGAUUACUGGUGACUGGGACUACAAAUC